AUGGCACCCCCAAAACAAAUCAACAUCGCCGUCCUCGGCCCUGAAGGAGUGGGCUCACACGUCCUCUCCCAACUCUCGUGGAUAUCAACCCACCACCCAAGCACACACUUCAACCUGAUCUACCUGGCCACAAUCGACAGCGCCCUGUACAGCGACAACUACAAACCAAUCGACAUCGAAACAGCCCUCACCCAGCUUGAGACACCAGGAACCACGAAACCCCUCCCAACCCUGCACUCUCUAGCAACAUACCUCACCAACGCACCGCACAGGGUAAUCCUCGCAGACAACACCAGCUCCGACACAAUCGCGCAAUCCUACCCGCUCUUCCUCGAACGGGGAAUCAGCAUCGUAACUCCGAACAAGAAAGCCUUCUCGGGGAGCUACGAGUUAUGGAGGGAUAUAUUCGACGCGGCGAGAUGCGGCGGGGCCUUAAUCGGACAUGAAUCGUCUGUUGGGGCGGGCAUGCCGAUUAUCUCAACGAUGAGGGAUUUUGGGAUUACGGGGGAUAGGGUUAACAGGAUUGAGGGGGUGUUUAGUGGGGCGUUGUCGUUUUUGUUUAAUGAGUUUGCGCAGGUAACUCCAUAUUCCACUGUAUCUGGUGGUGGGAGGUGGUCGGCGAUUGUGAAGAAGGCGAGGGAGCGUGGAUAUACAGAGCCUGAUCCCCGCGAUGACCUGAAUGGGCGGGAUGUUGCGAGGAAGGUUACCAUUCUGGCUCGAUUGGCGGGUUUGCCUAUCGAGCUGAGUUCGUUCCCCGUGCAGAGUCUGAUUCCCGAGGAAUUGAAGGGGGUGGGAAGUGCAGAGGAGUUCCUGGCUCGACUACCGGAGUUUGAUGAGAGGAUGGAUGAGGAGAGGGAUAGUGCUGUGAAGGCAGGCAAGGUCUUGCGGUAUGUGGGCAGUGUUGACGUUGUGAGAAGGAAGGUAGAGGUGGGCUUGAAGUGGUUUGAGCCCCAUGAUCCCAUUGCGAGGCUUGAAGGGAGCGACAAUAUCAUCAGCUUCCAUACGAAGCGGUAUGGAGAUUAUCCGCUGAUUAUCAGGGGAGCUGGGGCUGGGGGGUCUGUGACGGCGAUGGGAGUUACGGGGGACAUGUUGCGGAUAUUGGAUCAACUUGGAUAG